CUGUGUGCCUAUGGUAAAGUACAGGCCUUAGCACACUAUAUAUGCUAAGAUUCAUCGAUCUUGAAUUUGUUGUGUGGUUGGAUAUGAUAUGAUGCCAUCAGUAUAAAGUUUGCGCUGUAAAAUUUAGACUUGUAAGCUUAAGAAGGACUAAGGUAAAGUCAACUGAGUAUUGGCAAUCAUUUUCUGGUGCCUGAAGUCCUACUAGUGAAAACAGAAAAAACAUUUGCCAUAAUAUUUUUAGAAUGCAACAGUAGCAGUGCUGACAAUACAUGAAGUCACAGUUUCUGGUUUUUUGCCAGACUAUAUUUCGAUCAAGAUGACGGAUUUAUCAGGCAGUGAUAUCGUACCAUCUGGGACAUAACAACAUCUGUGAUUUGGCAUUAAAAAAAAUAGAGCAUCCAACGACUCUUUAUUCUUCUUGUCCAAAGGUGUUCUUUAUACUUUUGACGUGUCGUAGCAGCUGGCUUCCUUAAUAUUGUGCUUUAGAAGGAGAAAAGUUCAAGGGAUUGGGUGUUCAAGCGGUUGAAAACAUUUAUGCCCAAGGAUUAAGAAGCAUGGUGAAACUUGUCUGGACACAGAAGCUGUUUCAAAUCGGCUAUGAAAGGAAGUUAGAAAACAUCGACAUUUAUGAUGUCUUGCCAGAGGAUUCCUCCAUAAAACUGUCAAGUGAUUUGGCAAGGGAAUGGGAGAAGGAGCUGUACAAAUGGAGGUCAGGUACAGGCCAGCCCAGUUUGCUAAGAGCACUGUUCAAGUGUCAUGGAUGGUCAGUCUUUGGGCUCACAGGACUCUUACUGUUAUUAGAGGAAAGCCUCAGAGUUAUCCAGACAGUUCUCCUGGCUUAUGUCCUCUCCUAUUUUGAGCACACGAGUGCUGUGUCCAAGUUGCAGGCCUAUAUCUACGCCACGUCUUUCUGUUUGGCCUAUAUAUUUGCAUCUCUCCUGGACCAGCCUGCCUUCCACAACAGUUAUGUCAGAGGACUCCAGAUGAAGGUGGCAUGUUCUUCUUUAAUAUACAGAAAAGUUCUGCGACUACAGAAUAUUCAUAUAAAUAGAGAUACAAGUGGUGACAUAGCAAGGCUCAUGUCAGAAGAAGUGCACAAAUUUAAUUUAAGUGUAAUAGCCAUAAACUACCUGUGGAUAGGUCCACUUCAGGCUCUGGUGAUAGGCUGGUUGCUAUGGCAACAGGUGGGCUUGUCUUGCUUACCUGGCCUGGGACUUUUGCUUGUCUUGGUGCCAUUACAACUCUCCAUGAACAAAGUAUUUCAUAAACUCAGGGGAAGAAUCUCAGAAUUGACACACCAAAGACUUCAGAUUGUAAAUGAGUUGCUGUGCAACUUAAAACUUGUAAAACUCUGUAAUUGGGAAAUGCCUUUUUUGGGACUGGUUUCCAAAAUAAGAAAGUUAGAAAUGAGCAUGAUAAGUCAGACAUCAUAUUGCCGAGGUCUUCUCACAGCUUUCUUUUUCUCCACUGGCAAAUUGGUCAUGUUUUGUACCUUCGCUACUCACAUAUUUAGUGGCAACUUCCUCACAGCUCAAAAUGUAUUUGUGUCCUUGGCCAUGUUUGAAAUGCUACGGACAAGCCUCAGUCUAUUGCUACCUUGGGGACUACAACAUGGCCUUGAAGCUUGUGAUGCUAUCAAUAGGAUACAGAAAUUCCUUCUUCUUGAAGAAAAGUUGAUGCUCACCUUGACAUACAGAAGAAAACUGGUGUCAGCAGCAGCAGAGUCCAAUGAGAUUGCAAUAAUUGCCAAAGAUUUCAGUGCUUGUUGGAACUUACAGAAGCCCACCCCUUCUACCUUGGAGUCUAUCUCAGUGGUAGUGAAGAGAGGACAGUUGUUGGUGGUGGCAGGGGCUUCAGGAAGUGGAAAGACCUCAUUUCUAAUGGCAAUCCUUGGAGAGAUACCUGAACAGAGGGGGCAGAUGGGGGUGUCUGGGAAAAUCAGCUUUUGUGGACAGCGACCAUGGAUGUUCUCUGCCAGCAUCAGGGAGAAUAUUUUGUUUGGUUCAAAGUGGGACAAACUGCGCUAUACCAAGGCUGUCGAGGCAUGUGGGCUGACAGAGGAGCUUGAAGGUCUGCCAGAUGGAGACUUGACCAUCGUUGGAGAAGAGAGUGGUCAGCCUCUCACAGUGGAACAAAGGGCAAAGUUAAACUUGGCCAGAGCUGUAUAUCACCAGGCAGAUAUUUAUCUGAUUGAUGAUCCUUUUGAGUACCUUGAUGUAAAAACUGGAAGACAUAUAUUCAACAGUUGUUUUUGCCAGUUACUUCAAGAUAAAACUGUAAUUCUAGUCACCAACCGUAUACACUACCUCCGAGCAGCUGAGCAGAUCUUAGUGUUGACACAAGGUGCCAUACGUCUCCUUGGUAACCCACUGGACUUGAUCAACCAAGGGGUGGAUCUGGAAAAAGUCCUCGGGGACUGUGGCCUGGUGGAUGUAGAGAAAUCCUUGACCAUUGAGGACAGUAUAGUGGACAGUGCACUGCCCACGGUCAUCCAGCUGCGCUCUGAACAGGUGCUGGAAUCUACAGAUGAUAUGGAUGUGGAGCUGGAGAAAAUGAUGAAGGAAGAGGAUGAAUUUGCAAGUCUUCAGCUUGAGACACAUAGCCAGGUUUCUUCUUCCCAGCAUGACCAGCCAGUAGGGCGCGCUGUCUACUUGCGCUACUUUUACCUUGGUGGGGGAGUGGUUGGGAUGGCAGUAUUUCUUCUCGUGUGGUUUGUCAUGCAAUCUACCUAUGUGAUGUGUGACUGGUGGUUAGCCUACUGGUCCCUAGAUUUCACAGGGGAAAUAAAUGGACAGAAGCCUCUUGAGGAUCUCAAUAUGUACAACAGCACCACAGCCAUCUCCCCCAUGAACCCCCACAAUAUAAUGGUGAAGUUCUAUGUGUUCGCUGGCCUCACCGCGGGUGUUUUACUGCUUAGCGUCCAUGGUGCUCUAACCUUCUUCUACAUGGCCAUCCGGUCAGCAAAAAAGAUCCACCAAAGGGUAUUUCAUGCCAUGCUGUAUACGACGCUAGAUUCUUUCUCGGAGCACAAUCCUAUCAAGUUGCUCACUUGUUUCUCGCAGAACAUGAACAUUAUAGACAAUGUGCUGCCUAUUUGUUUUUUUGAUGCUGUACAGUGUUUAGGAAUCAUGCUGUCUGCAGUUAUUGUUGCUGCAGCAGUGAACUUCUGGGUUCUGCUGGUGUCAGUUCCUCUUCUGCUCAUCUUUUUGUGUGCCCGAAAAUACUAUAUAAAAACAGCCAAAGACAUCAAAGCUAUAGAAUAUGAAUCCAGGGCACCUCUGUACAAUCACCUCACAAGUACCUUACGCGGAAUUUGGACGGUUCGAGCAUUUGGGUCUGAAGAGCGGUUUCUACGCAGUUUUGAUCGCUAUCAGGAUCGCCAUACUGCAGCUUGUUUUAUGAGUUUAGCCAUUAAUAGAUGGUUUGCCUUCCGUCUAGAAAUCCUAUGCAUGGUGUUUGUCGUAGCAGUAUGUUACGGCGCCAUGUUUGUUCAAGAAUUCAGGGCAUUGGAUGCGGGUCUAGUGGGUUUGUCACUGACCUAUGCCAUGAACAUGUUGGGGCUAUUCCAGUGGUCAGUGAGGCAGUCUGCAGAUGUGGAAACUCAGAUGACAUCAGUAGAGAAGACUCUUGCCUACACAUCCCUGGUGACAGAGGACACUGAGCCAGACACGCCAAGUCUUAUGCCGUCUAAUUGGCCACAGUAUGGUAUAAUAACAUAUGAAGGGGUCUCUGUCAACCACAACAAUGACAACACCAAGGCUUUGAGGAAUGCAUGGUGCUGUAUACGUGCUCACGAAAUGGUGGGGAUUGUUGGCAAAGCUGGUGCUGGCAAGAAAACCUUCCUCUCAGCUCUACUGGGGCUUGUUCCAUCUUCUGGCACCAUCAGAAUAGAUGGCAUUAACAUCCAUGAAAUACCACUUCCAAAGCUCAGGGAAAGCAUAGCUGUUAUUCCAGAGAAUCCAGUAUUGUUUUAUGGCACUGUGCGAGACAACAUAGAUCCACAUGGAGAUUUUACUGAUGAACAUAUUUGGAAAAUGUUGGACGAGGUGCAUUUAAAAGAAAAAGUUCUGAUGUUGCCAGAGAACCUGUACACAGAGACGUGUGCGGACAACCCCUGUGGUUUCAGUACAUCACAGCUCCAGUUAGUUUGUGUUGCCAGGGCAGCGCUGAAACAGAAAAAAAUUCUGGUCCUGGAGGAGGCUGUAACAAAUACAGAUUGGAGAGGCAGUGCUGUCAUACAACAGACAAUCAAGACUCUCUUCAAGCAUUGCACAGUAGUUACGCUGGCUCACAGACUGCGCACAAUUAUUGACUAUGACAGAGUUAUGGUAUUGGAGACAGGGAGAAUAAAUGAAUUUGACACACCUUACGAACUGUUACAGAACCAAAAUGGAGCAUUUUACAAAAUGAGUCUUGAGAGUGGAGAGGAUUUUAAAACAUUAUUACAGAUAGCACAGCACAAAUUUGAAAACAAACCAUACAGAUCUCCUUCCCUGGAGACCAUAUUGUCCACAGAGGUCAACAUGAACUUCUCAUCAGCCCCUGUAAGAAGCCCAAACAAUUUUCUACCAGCAUUUCAAACUCUUCGGCUAACACGAACAAUAAAUCAUCUUUCAACUGGCGGCAACAGAUUUUCAAUGACAGAUGAUUGAAAUGCCAAGAAGAAUGGGAAGUCUUUUUUUUCAAUGAAAGGCUUUGUGAUGUGUGGUUUUCUGACAUCACUGGUGACACAAGGAUUUUA